AUGUCCUCUCGAGACACGUCGCCUCAACCUGGAGGCUCGAGGGACUACUAUGAGUACUCGUCUCCUUCAUCGCCUUCGUCGUCCUCGUCCUCGUCGUCCGCGUCGACCAUGCCGAGCUGUCAAUGCUCGAGCACUUUUGAAGAUCCUAACUGCGCUAAUUAUCCCAAUUGUCGAAGACGCGCAUUGAGCGGCUAUCUUCCUGAAUCUGGCGGAUUUGAUAAUGCCUCACGGAGUGACACUUCGGACCCGGCUUUUCCCAGUACAUCAAGUGGCUUCUUCUCUGCUCCGUACAACGACCCGUCAACACCUCUCGUCCUACCUGGCCAACUGUAUAGAGACCUCUUCCUCAACAACUCUCCCUCGCCCAAGACGUUUCAGGCUAUGACAAUUCUCGAGGAGACCUCGACUUUUUACUUCGAAUCAGAGUACUUUGACAACGCGACCUCGCAGCAAGCGCCGCCGCCACCGCCCCCGCCGCCGCCGCCACCUCAGGAAGAAUCCUCCUCGGACGACGACGACGAUGCCGACGAGGACGAUGAGGUCGACGUGGAUUCGUGCGACUUCCGUAAUCGUUCCCCGGGUUAUCCGUACCCGUGCAACAUGACGCGCAUGGUCAGCCCAGGUAAGACUCUCCCGCAAACCAUCUUGGGGGCGGACACCCCCGAGCCCACGGUGACGCGAAUGGACGACAGCAACUCGGACGACGGGAACUUCGACGAAGGCCUGGAGGAAAGCCUCCGCGACCUCCUGCCGGACACGGAAGAGGACGUGUCCAUGCGCCUCCUGGAGGUGUUCACGGAUACCCGCCAAGCCUUAACUCUGGCCAACGACGAUGUUUUCUCCGUGGACGUGGAUCGCGACGAAGACAGCGACGACGACGCGCGCCUGGUCAUCGACAUCGACUCCUUCAGCCUGCCCAGCAUGUGA